GAAAUUGCUUUUGAAGAGACUGCAGGAUCCACACCGAGGCAUGAUAUUAUACGCUUUAUCUCCCUCACAAUGCCAAGAAUGAGAAGCAGAAAAUUUUCAGCGACAAUUGACUUUGACAAUCACAUGGAGUGGAUGAAGAACGAGUCAUCUGAGAGGGGAUGGGAAAGCCCUAGAUGGGGCCAGGGCGAACAGCCCGUAGCCACCAGAAGAAGGAGAGAAGGAGAUCAUCAACAUCGGUUUUCAGGGGUGGGGGCAGAAAAAAUUUUCUCUGAGUGGUCUUCCUACAGCAACAUCGAGUUGUCCAAGGAAAGUGAUGAAGUGAAAGAGGAUCAAUCGAUUGAGUUGUGGAUCCAACUUCCAAAUUUACUGGCGGAGCUCUGCAACGACUGUUUGUUCGACGGAAUCGUUCAGGUACUGGGUGGAGACUUCAUUGAAGAGGACUCCUGCACGAAGGCGUAGGGAAGGUUGGUUUUGCCAAGAUGUUGAUUGAAGUUCUGAUCGGUUUUCUGCCACUGUCUGCAAUGGCCCUUAAGAUGGGAGAUAAGCUAAACAUCACAUACCACCAAAUUGGCAAAACAAAGAGUCUUUAUCAUGAACAGUUUUAUUGUUAUCAUGGACAGUUAUAUUGUCAAUUGUCGAACUAUAAGAGU